CACAUAAUGUAGUACAGUCGGAGCAGCUAUUCCUCUCUGGCCUUAAGCUCACCACACCUUCCCUCCUCCUUGAGCAAACGCCUUCCUCUUCUUAGUUUGGACCAUCAUCACCUCAAAUAUCGCCCAAAGACUAUUGUGAUUGCAUUGUGGAUCAAAGAAUGAAAAGGUUUGAUCUCUAGAGAAAAGAAUUUAUCAAAUUGCUCAAAGGCGCAAUGUCUACUCUUUUACAUCCUCUUCAUUGCAAUGAUGGCUGCAAUCAAGGCGCGGGACCAUCUCGUUCCGCUACUGAUCAAUGUGCAAACGUACAUCCUUCCUCUCGUCGCAGAAAAGCAUCACCAUCGUACACCAAACGACUCGUGACUUUGACAGCAAUCCUAUCCCUUCUAACCGGCACGCGGGCUUCUUUCCCAGAAACCCCAACAAAACCCGAGUCAAUUGCAACACUUAUCAAAAGACGAAAAGAUCUACUAGCGAGAGACUUUACUGCUGCAAAUAACCUGCAACAGUUCGAUAUCAACGUCUCACCUCCUAAAAGUUGCGAACCUAUCCAAAUCGUCUUUUCAACCCUUGGAGGACUGCCUCCUUUUACCGUCUUUAUCGGAUUCGAUAAUUGGUAUUCAUAUUCCACCUCUAUACCUUCAACGUACGCAGAUCCAAAUGUGAACACAUGGUUAUAUGAGUUCGAUGUUCCAAACUUUGCAAACAACUCAACGUUCCCUGACACGCCUGAGAUGUUUGUCAUCGUUGGUGAUUCGACCGGAAAACUUCUCAAUACGUCCAUAUUUCAAACAGUGCAAACGAGCAAUCUAGGCUGUCAAAGAGCAAAUGUACCAUUGGAUUUCACUUUCUAUACGAGCAACAAUAGCAAUGCAUGCUCCGAUAUUCAAGUCAAUUGGGAAUCAAUGAGCAAUACCUCCGUCACUUUUACGGCCCCAAUGGAUCUCUACCUUAUCCCAGCACAACAACCUCCUCUGCAUAUUGCCGUGCCCAACGUGACGGCGUUGACUCUCAACACAACCCUAUCCGUUCAACCAGGAUCGCCGUACAUGUUUGCAAUGACUGAUGCACAUGGUAUAGGAGGUGUGUCAGGAUAUAACAUCGUCGGAUUAAAUGAAUACGAAGGCCAAAAUUGUUUGAUAAGCCCCACCUUGACGCAAGGAAUGCCUACUCCAACUGCUACAUUGGCAGCAGAUGUUCGUAUGCCAGAUUACUCUGGCCUGGUCUCCUCACUGGUGACAUCGAAUGGAGUAGUAUCAACUGCAACUUCAGUCGAAGUUAUCAAGGAUGGUAGUCUUCCAGGUGCAAAUUUGAGUUCUGGUCAAAUUGCAGGCUUGAGUGUUGGCGUUGCAAUUGGGGCUGGCUUACUUGCUGCACUGAUCUCUUGGUAUUUAUGGCGUAAACGACAUGGUCGCAAAACGGUUUUCUGGGAUUUACCAAAAGGUGCGAAUGGAGAAUUGGGAAAGUCGGAAUACGGUGCACCAAUCGAUCGCAAUUAUUUGCGAUCUGUCAAUUCUCCACCUUCAUCCACUUCUAAUCGAGUGGGUGUCGUUCCAACAUCACCUCAUUCCGAAUCAAGUGAUGAACGCGAACGUGCUCGUGAUACUGUAUAUUCCGAUCAAUCUUCUAGAGCAGCAAACGAUGCCGUCCAAAGUCCCAACGGCUGGACUUCUUCUGGAUUCAACACAUAUACCCCUCCGGGCUCGGCUAGAUAUAACAGCAUUCCCUCAACUGAACAACCCGAUUCACCUUUGGGUACGGGGCCGGAAGCAUUCAAUGCGAUCCGAUCAUCAUCUAUGAGCGAAAGUAGCACGGGCGGUAAUCCUUUCAUGAACGCAAGUACGACGAUGAGCAGCACAGCCUCUCAACAACGUCGAGAUAGUUCAGCACGCAAUUAUAGACCAAGAAGUGAAGGAAUAGAAGCCAAUGCUUCAACGUUUGGCAGUGCACUUCCGUUAAUUGAAACACGAUUUUUAGGCAAUUCAAGCAGUCAAGGAAACUCUGACAGUCCACAUUCCAGUAAUGGAGAUCAUCGAAACGAAGGACAAUCGAAUAAUGGCGGACAAAGCUCUUUACGCCAUUCCGUCGGAACUGAUACAGCAAACCGAGAUUCUAGAGGUCCAACUCAAAUUCUUCAGCAUAGGGAUGCAGGUUUACUGAUGGACGACUCGCUUGAUGAUGAAGAAUUGAUGGGUAGGGUCGAGUUACCGCCCUCGUAUCAUCAGAUUUCUAGACCUGGAAAUCGUGACGUUCCUCGGCCAAGAUCUGGUGACAGAGAAGGGCAAAGCUCCCAGGAAAUCCUUGUAGAUGCUCCUAGACCCGGACAGAAUAGCAAUAACACACAAACCCAACAAGAGGACGAACGAGAAUUCUGGCUAUCAAACGGAAGCGUUUGAUAGCAGUGCAUUGUACAAAUAUAUUUA